UAAAAUAGAUACUCAACAAAGUGACACAUUAACAUAAUGUGCAAGAGUGUGUACGAACCAAGGAAUCCAGUAACAAAUAAAAUAACACCAACUACAUGUGUUAAGCCAUAGGAUAACUAUACGUAAUGAAGCCUUCCUAAAUAAUAAGACCACACCUUGCAUAUAUGUGCCCUAAAAUGAACUGGAAAAUGAAUAUAUUUACCUAAUAUCAAGGAUAUUAACCUGAAUUUUGCAAGAAAUGGUUAUUGAACUAUGCGGAAAAUGUGUAACACCGAACUGGACAAAGUUUCUAUGCUGCAGCCUCAACACAUCCAAACUGGGUAUAGUGAAACCUCUACUUACACAAAAGCUACAAAGGUUUGUAUAUGUGCAUACCAAACGAUUAACAACCACAACGAGAACAAACCGAUCGAUUAAACACCAAGAUGAAAAGAUACCAGACGACUGUUAUACAGAUCAUAACAUAUACCCAUUGAACUUAAUAGAUGAUAAUCGCAAUAAAAGCUGGGAAAGAGCAUUUAUACAAUUGAGAAGACAGAAAGAAGGAUUAUUAAGGAAAAAGGAUGAUUGCCCUGAUGAUCCACCAUCUAAUGGUCAAGAUAAUAUCCAUUCAAUAGCAUCUAAACAAGAUGAUGAUCACUCAAUGUCAGAUUUCGAACGGCUGACCACGCCAACAAUGAAUAAUGAACAGCUGAAAAUAAUUAGUGAACAAAUAGUCAAGCUAGUGGAAUCGCAAUUAAAAGAAAGGUUAAAUCCAAAGUGCUCAGUAUGCGUAUUUGGAAGCGCUAUCAACGGACUGUGGACAGAUGCAAGUGACCUUGAUAUAUGUGUACAAAUACCAAAUGUUACAUCAAGAAGCGCAACCAUCAGAAAUCUUAGAAGAAUUGCAUUUCUACUGGAACCGUUGGCACCGGCACGGGGGUUUGAAAAUAGAUUUACAGCCAAAAUACCACUUUUGCACUGGAAAAAUGAAAGACCAAAUAAACGAGCGGGGCAUCCUAUUAUACAAGCACUCAAGACGUCAAUAGAUAUCUCAGUCAACAAUGUCCUGGCAAUAUCAAAUUCAGCACUUAUAGGAACAUAUGUGGCAUGUGAUCACAGAGUGAGAAACCUAAUACUGGCAAUCAAACUAUGGGCAAGAGCAAGAGAUUUAAACGAUAGAUCGAAAGGUACACUGGGAUCAUUCGCAUUGUCCAUCAUGGCAAUACAUUUCUUACAACGAUGUAACCCACCAAUACUAGUGUCAAUACAAGAUCUAGCUAUUGCAGAUAACGAAAUACCGCGAUAUGUAAGCGGUAUAGAUGUUAGAUUCACAACCGACCUAAAUCGCAUAAACGAAGAACUACAAUGGUUAACAAAAGGUGAAAGAAAUAAAAGUAACGUGAUUCAAUUAUUGCAAGAGUUCUUCUACUAUUUCGGGUGGACAUUCACAAAAAACACACAAACACCCAUAUGUAUACGUAGCGUAGACUUCCAGUACAUGGAUACACAACUCACAUUCCCACACAGAACAACUGGGUUCGAUAUGGAUGAGAAGUUUAUGCAUGUUGACAACCCAUUUGAAAUCGGUAUCGAUGUGGCGAACAUAUCGUUCCAUCAGAGAAAUAGACUCAUAACUGAAAUCAGACGCGCCCACAAAAUACUCAAAGCAGGAGGAAAGUAUCAAGAUAUACUACAAGAUUAAAUAGUAAUACCUUAUAGUCGGGAGUCAAUAUACACAAUACUCACAGUAGAUAAAUUCACUAAAGUACUCAAUCAACAUGGAAUACAAA